CAAUCCACGGCGUUUCUAAUCCGAUGACGAAGAAAAUGUUCUCUCAUCAGGACUUCAUCCCCCCGAAUUCAUCCCCUUACUGCCAACAAAGCCUGCCGCAGACGUGGUGUCCAGAGCGGGGAGGCUGCGGCCCAGUCGCCCGUCGCAACGAACGGGAAAGGAAACGGGUUCGUCUGGUCAACAUGGGAUUCGCCAAGUUGAGACAAUAUAUACCGGCCACAGGAAGACCGGGGAAAAGACUCAGCAAGGUAGAGACGCUUCGAUCAGCUAUCGACUAUAUACGCCAGUUGCGCCAGAUGCUACGUCAGCCACCGGAGCCUUCAUACUACUAUCCGCCACAACAGAGGUUGCCCCAGGAUGGGAGUUUCCGUUGCGAUUUUGGUUGCCCUUGUAAUGAUGGUGGACCGGAAUAUGUAUUUGAAGCAAGUCCGGAGAUGAUCUUGCCCUAUGGUCCGGAUACCUACGUCAUGUGAAA